GCGAUGCCGUGGAUCACCGAUUGGCGCCCAUAUUACACCUACAAACCCAAACGGAAGACAACCGGCGGCGGUACAACCGGCGGCGGUACAACCGGCAGCACAACCGGCGCCGUCAAGGCGAAGAAAUCCCGUUGGCGCCGCAAGUUGCGCUCGUUACGGUGGUCGACGGGUGACGGUGACGAAGGCGACGGUGACGCGCAGUCGGGGGACGGGCACCGGCGGCGGGAUUGGCAACACCCGUGCCGGGUGUGCGGGAAAACUUUCACGGCUUUGAGGAAAUUACGGAAACACCAACGGGGACACGAGGGGACGUCCGGCGGGGGAGGGGGGGUGGGUACAACCGGUCCCCCCACCCCCCGCGUGGGGACGGCGGCCGUCUUUGCGCUUCGCCUGUAGCCGCUGCGCCAAGGUCUGUAAGACGGCGGCGGCGCUCAGCCGGCACGCCAAACGGCAUCAGGCGGAGUCGCCGCCGCCAUCGCCCGUGUCGCCGCCGCCGCCGACUGUCAUCGCCUACACCCCGCCGGCGGUGGCGGGGGUGAAGGAGGAAGGGGGAGGGGAAAAAGGGGGUGUCACCCCUCCCCCGCCGCCGGGUGACGAUAUCGCCGUCCCCCCCCCCGAUUCCCGGUGACGGGGUUGACGCGGCGACGGGCGGCGAGGGGGUGUCACCGUCGCCGGGUCCCAGCGGGGGUUACCCGGUUCAGGAACAACCUUUGGCUCUACUGAGGCGGGGGGGGGGACCCCGAAAUUGGGGGAGGGGGAGGAGGGGGAGGGGGGCAAAGGGGGGGACCCCCCCGACCCCCCCCUCCUCCCCCCGGUUUCCCCCUCCCCUACGGCCCCCGGCUGGUGGCCGCGUACCCCUACCCCUUCCCCCUCCCCCUGGCCCUCAACGUGGUGCUCCCCGAAAACGAGGGGUUUUUGGGGGGGGGGGGGGGGGGUGUCCCCCCACCCCUCCCCCCCUCCGUACCCCCCACUUUUGGGUUCCCCGGAGGGGGAGGGGAGCGACCCCGGAAAGCGGGGGGGGGGGACUUGAGGAGGGGGGGGGGGGGGGGGGGGUGGGGGGGGUCCUGCCCCAUAGAGGGGGGCGGGGGGCCCCGGAGGUGGGGGGGCCCCAUAGCAUGUGGGGGGGGCCCUAUAGGAGGUUUAGGGCCCCAUAGGAAAUGGGGGGCCCCUGCCCCAUAGGAAGUGGGGGUGGGCAUAGCAUGGGGGGGGCCCAUAGGAGGUGGGGGGCCCCCAUAGGAGAUGGGGGGGGCCCCAUAGGAGGUUGAGGGCCCCAUAGGAAAUGGGGGGGGCCCAUAGGAGUUGGGGGACCCUGCCCCAUAGGGGGAGAUGGGGGGGGGUCCCAUAGCAUGGAGGGAGGGCCAUAAGAGGUUGGGGGGGGCCCAUAGGAGAUGGGGGGGGUCCCCAGGUGAGUAGGGGGGCUCCAGCCCUAUAGGGGAAGUGGGGGGCCCCAUAGGAAAUAGUGGGGGCCCCCCCUGCCCCAUAGAGGAAGUUGGGGGGGGUGUCUUCUGCCCCAUAGGAGAUGGGGGGGGGCCCCAUGGGGGAGGUUGGGGAUCUCUGCCCCAUAGGGGACACUGGUGGGGACCCCCCCUUGGGACCUGGGGGGCAGAGGGACCACCCCCCCAUAAUGCCAUGGGGUGGGGGGCAGCAUCUGGGGGUGCCACAGGGACCAGUAUGGGAAUGGGGGGGGGGCACUGGGUAUACUGGGGAGGCUCCCAGUCACCUCAAACUGGGGGGGGGAAUGGGACAGGGUCUGGGCCCCCCCCAGUACAGGGACCGUCCCCCAGUAUAGGGAAAACCCCCAGUAUAGGGCCCCCCCCCCCCAGUAUAGCGGACGCCCCCAGUAUAGGGGACCCCUCCAGUAUAGAGGACCCCCCCAGUAUAGGGGAACCCCCAUUAUAGGCCCCCCCCAGUAUAGGGGACCCCCAAUAUACUUGGACCCCCCCCCAGUAUAGAGAAACCCCCCAGUAUAGGGCCCCCCCAGUAUAUUGGGGCCCCCCAGUAUAGUGGAGCCUCCCCAAAAUAGUGGGGGACCCCCCCCAGUAUAGGGGGCCCCCCAUUCCCCCCCCCCGCAGAAUUUUGCACCCCCAAACCCCCAAACGGGCCCCCCCCCACUAUAAGGGGCCCCCCCCAAUAAAUCAGGGCCCCUCCCCCAAUAAACUGGGGUCCCCCCCACUAUCCCGGGGCCCCCCCCAAAACCCGACACCCCCCCCCCCCCCCCCCCCGCCCUUGGCACCUUACGGCAUCGCAGUGACAUUCCAGCGUGUGUCCCCCCCCCCCGAUCCCCCCCCCCCCCGGCGUGCAAGGGGCGUGCGAGGGGCGUGCGAGGCCCCGCGUCUUCCUGGGGGGUGGGCGGGGGGGGGGGGAUCCUCGUGCGAGGCCCGGGCGGGCGAGGAACGUCCUCGUGCAACGCACAAGCGCGCGCGGCGGAUCCUCGUGCGAGGCACGCCCGAGCGCGGCCUAGCCUCGUGCGGCGCGUGGGCGCGCGAGGACCACGCUCGUGCGAUGCACAGCGGCGCAAGGUGUGUCCUCGUGCAACGCACGGGCAGGCGGGGUAGAUCCCCGUGCGAUGCGUGGUUGUGCAAAGACCAUCCUCGUGCAACGCGCGGCUUGUGGGAGGAGCGCCCUUGUGCGGUGCACGGGCAGGCAUGGUCGAUCCUCGUGCGACGCCCGUCCUCGUGCGACGCACGAGUGUGCAAAGAACAUCCUUGUGCGCCGCACGACUGCGCGAGGUGGAUCCUCGUGCGUCGCACGGCCAGGCGCCGCCCGCCGUCCGCUCUGUCGCACGGCCCCGCCGCCCCUCCCGCACGCCCCCCCCGUGCGAGCCCCGCCCUCGUGCCUCACACGAGCGCGCACGGCCGGCACCGCCCUCCUCGUGCCACGCCCGUGCCACGCCCCAUCCCCGCGCAAGGCCCCGCCCCUGCCCCGCGCAAGGCCCGUCUUUAUGCAAUGCGCCCCCGUGCAAGGUCCAGCCUCGUGCAACGCACGCCCGCGCCAGGCCCCUCUCACGCCCCCCCCCCUCCUCGUGCAAGGCCGCCCCCACGCUACGCCCGGCCGUGCGAGGCCAUCGCCCCCCCCCCGCCGCGUGUGCGAGGGACGGCCUCGUGCGAGGCUCCUCCUUGCACGGGGGUUGUUCUUGUGCAACACCCCUCCUUGUGCAAGGGUGGGCCUCGUGCGAAGCACGUCCUUGCGUAAGGCCUGUCCUCGUGGAAGGACCAUCCUCAGGCGAGGACCAUCCUUGCACGGGGCCCGUCCUUGCACAAGGCCCAUCCUUGUGCAAGACUCGGCCUCGUGCAAGGACCGCCCUUGCACAAGGCCGAUCCUCGUGCGAACCCGGUCCUCGCGCGAGGCCCAUCCUCACGCGGAGCCCACGCUCGAGCGAGCGUUGUGCUCGUGCAAGACCCAGCCUCGUGCGAGGGCGGUCCUUGCGCAAAGCCCACCCUCGUGCAAGUCACGCCCUUGCACGAGACCCAGCCUUGUGCAAGGACCAUCCUCGUGCGAGGACCCUUCUCGCACGAGGCCGACCCUCGCGCGAGCCCGGUCCUCGUGCGAGGCUCCCCCCUCCCCUUCCCCGUGCGAGCCCCCUCGUGCACACAACCCCCCCCCGGCCGCGGCCCCCUCCUCCCGUUUGCACUUUCGUGGCCGCGUUUGCUACUGACUGUCCCCCUCCCCCACCCCUGCCCCUCCCCCACUUGUCUCCCCCUCCCCCACGCGUGUCCCCCUCUCCCCCCCCAUGUCCCCGUCCCCGACCGCACUUUAGGGGGGACCCGCCCGAAAAAAAAAAGGCAAAACCAAGCAAAAAAGGGGAAGAGUGGAAAAAAAUGGAGAUAAAAAUAAGGGGGGGGGAGGGGAGGGGAGUGGGGGGACCCUGGGGACAGUGGGGACACCGGGGGGGGAGGCAUGAAGGGGGGGGGGCUCCAUGGGGGACAUCCCCAUGGGGUGUCACCAGUGGGGUGUCACCAACAGGGUGGCCUCCAUGGGGAUGUCCCCAUGGGGUGGCCCCAAUGGGGUGACCUCCCUGGGGGACGUCCCCAUGGAGUGGCCUCAAUGAGGUGACUUCCAUGGGGGGACGUCCCCAUGGGGUGUCACCAACGGGGUGGCUUCAAGGAGGUGGCCCCAAUGGGGUGACCUCCAUGGGGGACGUCCCCAAGGGGUGUCACCAAUAGGGCAGCCUCAAUGGGGUGACCUCCAUGGGGGACGUCCCCAAGGGGUGGCCUCAGUGAGGCUUGUCCCCGUUGGGAUGUCCCCAGUGGAGGACGUCCCCAUGGGGUGUCCUCAAGUGGGGUGGCAUCUAACGGGGGAUGUCCCCAAUGGGGUGACCUCAAGAGGGGAUGUCCCCGGUGGGGUGUCCCCAGCGGAGCGCCUCAAAGGGGAGGGGUCCCUCAGGGGUGUCCCCAAUGGGUUGUCCCCAAAGGGGUGUCCCCACUGGGGAGGGGUCCCCUUCAGUGUCCCCGUGGGGGAUGUCCCCCUCUGAGGUGGCCCCAUUGGGGAGGGGGUCCCCAGGGCGGUGUCCCCAGUGGGGAGGGGUCCCCGGGGGUGUGGCGGGGCGCCCCACAGCGGGGUGUCCCCGCGGUGUCCCCGCGGCGGCGGUCGGUGGCGGCGGUGACAAAUGUCCACUAUUUAUCUGCAUCAGUGAGUGUUAGAGACGCCAAUAAACACCGUAGAGCUGA